AUGCAUUACUUCCUAUUCAUGUCUACCCUCCUCCUUGGGGCAACUGCAUUGCCCCAAUCAACUAGCGAUGAGUUUGAGAUUAUGAAAUAUCGCAAUUGGGAUCUCCGCCUUUCAUUACCCGGCUGCAACCCGAACACCACGGAUCUCGAUCUCUCGCUAUACCAUCGCGGUGGAGUGUACACCCGGGACUGCGUCUCCUUGUUGGAAGACACCGGACCGGAUGGAAAGCCCGUCGACCUGAGCAAAGUGGAUUCUGUGUCGUGGAAAAACCCACGCAAGAACUACGACCUCUGCUUGUAUCCCAGUGCCGACUGCUCAGAUAAACGAGGCAAGGCGAUCCGAAAUGGUUGGGAGGUUUGCCUGCCGUAUGAGGGCUGGGAGGCGUAUCGGGUUGUGAAUGUUGGGGAUGAUUGUACGGUGUAUACCUGA